CGAAAUCCUAGCUCCGCCUCUGCCCCGAACACACACAUAUAUAUUAUAGCAGGAAAUUAAAUGAGAGAUUUUUGUAUGGUUUAGGAAAUGCAAAAUGAUAUUGUAGUUGGGAAUUGAACCCAUGUGUGUACUUUAAGAGACAAGUCAAGCAUGGUUAUCAUUAGACCACAUGACUAUUACUUGAUAUAUUUAUAGAACAAGCUCUACUUAUAAAAUUUGUACUCAAUAUCCUUAAAUAGAUGUCUCCAAUCACUAUGCUUUUAUUAUAUCCUUUUUGCCACAUAUUUCUUUCUUAUCGGUGGAUAAGAGGAAUGAGUUUAUGGUUCAUUUGUUAGGUCCCAUAGCAAUGGUAGUUGCAGGAUGAGUAUCGUGCACUGAAUCCCACAGAUUCAAUGAUAUUCCAAAUACAUUAAACAUAGUACGAUAAAUUCAAACAAUCAGAAUAUAUAUAAGCAAACUUUAUAUAAUAUGAGAAACCUCUAGAGCUCGCCAACCUACACAACUAAUGAAUUAGCUGCUCAUUAGAUAGAAUCUAAAGAUUACAUAAGUCAAAUUGACGAGGUAUCUUAGAUACUGAAAGAACAACCAAAUAGGGAAAUGGCGCACAAGGCACCAUUAUAAUCGCCAAUUUACCCUUGACCCUACUGAUCACAUUCUCGAACCGAUGAGGUGCUUUGUCGGUGAAGUAACCCUUUGUAGGAAUUGCCUCACGAAUGGUGGCCGAGAGGGUUUAUCCUCUUCCAUAAGGUUUUCAUAGAUAUUUAGUAGGAGGAAAGUCUUCUGGCCAAAUCUCUUUAUCAUAUCUCUAGUUUAGCCUCUAAGGAAUAUUGUUGCAAAUUAAAUCAAGGUUGAUUUGGGUCCUCCGAAAAAUGCGUCCGAGCCAGAGAUGUGGUAGGCUAAAUGUGCUUCCAUUUUGUACACUUGGCUUCGAGAUCCGUUUUUUACUUUCAGUAGUCGGACCUUGAUGUGUCUAGCUCAUACAAGGUAUCGGCUAUGAUAUUUUGGAAUGAAAACGGAUGAAAAACUACCCAAAAGGAAUAAGUAGGAUAAAAGUAAUCCUAGGAACUACUAAACACACUUACGAUUCUUAAGCAAUCCCAAUGCAUCGUGAAAAAAUAAAGAUAGGGAAAAUAUAUAACCAUUUUAUAAAAUAUGGACAUAAAAUAUUAACUCAACAAGACUAUAUUAGUUCUAAUUCCGAAAGUUAAAAGGCUAGAGGAAGAAAAUGACUAUUGACCGAUCAAUUUAUGUUAUCUACAAAUUGAUCUCAGAAGUCCUAGCGAAUAUCUAAAUUAGGACUAUCACCCUAAUUUAGAUAUACUGAAGGCUAGUGUGGGUUACAUAUGGUGAAGCUUGAUGAGAGAUAAAGACUUGUUGCAAGAUGGUUUUAAGAUGGAGGGUUGGGAACAGGGAGCAAAUUAAGGUAUGGAAGGAUAAAUUACAUCCAAUUUUGGACCAUAUAUUCAAUUUCAAAGUACAGAUACAGAUAUAUGAGGUAUAAGAUUUAAUAAACAAGGAAAAAAGUUCAUGGGACAGGGGGGCUAUAAGCAUGUUGUUCUCGGAGGAAGACCAUAUAAAGAUUGAGAGAAUCCCUCUAUGUGAUCCGUGUACUAAAUGUUGGGUGAAGCUGUGUCCACUGGCGUCGUUCAUUUAAGGAAAGAAAGAAGCUCACCGAGCUCUAUCUAAAAGGGGAAGGCAUUGCUGGCUCGAGUGAUCAAAGGAAAUCAAGCAGGGGAUUGAUUCUUCAAAUCUGGAUGCAACGGGUGGGAAUGAUAAAUAUAUAUAGGAAGAGAGCUUUGAGAAGAAGUGACAUCCUUUUCGAGCGAUUUUCAAAAACAGAGACAAGAGUGUUGACUGAGUUUUGAAAGGAAAAGGAGGCUAGGCUGUCGGGGAGACAGGUUGAGUGAUUUGAGAUUUGAAUUCAGGCAGGGAGCUGAAUUCAGAUCAGGAAGUCUGAUCCAGUGACGGGGAGUCACCUCGAGAUUGAUUGUAAACUGUAAUCCGAAAUUCUACCAUCCAAGUGGAACGUAAAAUGACUCAAAUCAGAGUUCCUUUGACCGUGGAUUAGUCGGUACUGAAUUCAUCAGUACCGGAUACCACGUAAAAAUCGUGUCUGUGUUUUAAUUGUGUUUAUUGUGAUUCAUUAUAUUUCCAGAUUGGUUCUGAGUUCUUGUUACAGUGCAAAGCAGAGUCUUGUGCAGGACAAGGUCUGAUCGGUUUGCUCAAAGGAAGGAAAGGGAAACAGAGUCUUUGAAACACAACGUUUCAAGUAGUUAACUUGGGCCAACUACACUAUCAAUCGAAUAAGAAAGUUCCCAGCCCAACUCACUUCUGGGUUAGACUCAAACCACGUUGUCGUUUUGAUCACCACGAAAGGGGAGUCUUCUUAACCCUUCCAUCGAUUAAUCUUUCUGUUUAUCCCACUCUCUUCACUUGCUCUUGUCAAACCGAAAUUAGGGUUCUGCAGAAAUCUGGUCGAUCGAACAAAGAAGAGGGAACUAGCUACUGAGUCUCGCGCUCGACUCCACCAACACUAAAGACCAGAGAAUAUGGUAUCCUAAUAAGAAGGGUGAGUAUACAGUCAAAUCUGGAUAUGCGCUUUAUUGGAAAAGAGGGGGGUGUAAGUGCUAUAUAUGCAAAGAUUAUGGCCUAAGAUAUGGAAGUUAAGAUUUCAGCCAAAAAUUAAACAUUUUUUUUCUUCUGGAGGAUCAAUAUGAAUGCAUUACAUACGGGGAGUUAUAGGGGUGAAAGCUUGUCCCGGAAGACCCACUGACCCGUCCCGACCCGUCUCGUCCCUAAGGGUCGGGACGGGUCAGUUUGUCUAUAGGGACAGAUUAGGGACGAGUCAUUUGUUGGCCCUGCAAGGGUCGGGACAACUUAGCGACGGGUCACGUUUUGACCCUGUGACCCUUAGCAACAACAAAUUUGUAAAGUUUUAAAAGUUUAGGUACUAAUUUGUAAAAAUAAAAAAAUUUGGGUACCAAAACGUAAUUUUACCAUCAAAAUUUAUAUUUAUGGACUUAUUUGUAAAAAAUAAGAUUUAGGUACUAAAUUGUAAGAAAAAAUAAUUUUGUGUACCAAAACGUAAUUUGUAAAAAAGUAGUGUGUUGAUUAGGGUCGACCCACUGACCCGGCCCGUCCCGUCCCGUCCCAACCCUUGAGGGUCAGACAGGGUCAAGAAGGAGACAGGGACGGGACGGUUAUACAUCUUGACCCUUCAGGGACGGGUCAGACAGGGACAGGGACGGGACAUGCAAAUUUUCAGCCCUAGGGAGUUAGAUGGUUGAUAACUCAAGAAAGGCAGGACCCUAAUGAUGUGGCACAUGGGUCUACCCGGUGUUAUGGGAUGGAAGGCCUCUUGUAGGUUUGAUAAAGAUGCUAUCCAAAGAUUGUCAAACGGCAUCAUGAUUUCAUGUGAUCUUUUUUAGUAUCAUAAUAAAGCUCACACAAGUUCGGGGUUCCCAUAAAAAAAGUUGUACUACCUGGGGUGGACAAUGGGCGGGUUGGGUGGGUUCUGGUUUUAAAUUGACCCACCCUCUUACUAGCGAGUUGGUAUAAUUGUGAUCCGCUAUCUAUCUGCAUUCUUCUACGGAUGGGUGCGAUUGGGUUGUGGGUUAACCCGCAACUUAAGAAAGUUUACUAACAAUUAUCAUAAGUUUUUUUUUUAAUUUGUAAGAUUGUAUCAUUACACCUCCCACUUUGUCUCAAGUGAAUCCACGUAGUAUUUCUAUCAAAAUGUUCAAUACUCUAUCAACCAAUUAUGUAAAGAAAUUGACAAAUCUGAUGCAUUUUGCGACUUUGAUAAAAUUAAUACUUUAUAGUUUGCAUUUAAUAUCUAAUUGAUACAAUACCGAAUAAUAGUAGUCCAAAAUAUUCUUCAUUCUCCAGUUUUAGCAGUAGAUGGUCAGUGUGUAGUAUAGUUGGGAAAUGUGAUGAAUAUUCGAUACCAUAAGAAACAACAUUUUGUCAUGUGAAAAUAUAGUGCGGGUCAUUCGGGUGACCCGCAAUCUACCCACCACCCACUCACAAAAGUGCAGGUAUGAAAUUUAUCAAUCCAUAAUGUACCCACAUGAAUCACACACUACUUGCGGUUCCGGUUAUUUGCAGGUGGAUCGCUAUCAACCCGCAGAUAAACCACCCACGUGCUUACCCCUAGCCCUAGUACUUGGGCGUUGGGCCGUGCUUGUGCCUGCACGACACGGGCACGCUUCAAGCCCAUUUAUUUUGUGUCGUGCUUGGCACGGCCCGUCAGUUUUCGUGUCGUGCCGUGCAAGCCCAUUUAUUAACAUUGCUAGGCCUUGCAAGCCCGUGCACGGUUCAAAUCGUGUCGUGACUAUUCGUGUUCGUGUCGUGCCCGUAUUCAUGUUUAAUGAAAAGUAAGAUAAUAAAAGAGAAAAUGAAAAAGAAGGAGAAAAUUGGGUGGAGAAAGAUAAUAUUAACCGAGAAUGUUUGAGAAAACUGAAAAGUACAAAUAAUAUGAAAUAGAAAAUUGGAAUUAUAGCGGGUGUGAUUUGGUUUUAUUUAAUUCUUUAUCCGUUUUUACUUAAGGUAGUAAUUAGUAUAUAUCUUUAAGACACUUCUAAAAACAACAAAUAAUUAUUUUUUUACUUGUAUUUUGUAAUAUUUGAACCUAUAGUUCUUUCUAUAUUUGUUUUCUAUCAAAUAAAUAUUAUUUUCGUGGAAUGUCUGUUCUGAUACUUAAUAAAGUCUCGAAAACAUU